AUGCGAUGGCUACCGAGGCUGCCGCUGGCUGGAGGAUACUUCUGCGGAGAAUGUAAAAAGAUCCAACCUAUCCCCUCAAAGAACCUCUUCGAAUAUAUCGGAGUCGAGUCUAAGUUUGCGCUCAAUGAUGAUGAACUGAAGAAAAAGUUUCGCGACCUACAAAUGCGGAUGCACCCUGACAAGUUUGCGCACACUUCGGAUAUAGAACGAUCAAUCUCAGGGGAACACUCGCGAAUGUUAAAUACUGCCAUGAAAACGCUGGGCGAGCCACUGGAAAGAGCAAAGUAUCUGCUGGAGACGGAAGGUCGUGAAAGUAUUGGAGAAGUAGAAAAAUCCCAUCUGGCGCCUGAGGAACUGAUGGAGGUGCUCGAUUGGCAGGAGAGCGUGGCGGAAAUGGAGGACGAGUCGAUGCUGCAAGAAGAGAAGAGUAAUGUCAAGAAGGAGAUAGCGACGGCGAUGAAGACGUUGGACGGACAGCUGACGUCAAAGGAUUGGAAAGCCUCCAAACGUACCGUCAUCCGCCUUCAAUACCUUUACAGCAUCCGCACGGCCGUCGACAAGAAGAUCGAAAGAACAUUUUCCAGAACACUUUUCGGUGAAACCACGCUGGAAACGCCUGGCGUCUGGAAAAAUAUUUGUCGGGAUCCGUCUGACGAGUACGCCAUGUGCCGGGCACAUCAUCGUUUUGCACGCAAGGACCCGUGCUCGUGCGCCAAUGGCGACGAGGUCCAGGUUUCGCACUAUGCUCUCCGCUGGCACGUCCAUUUUCCGUUGAAGAUGCUGAUCGGAAGUGUCACGUUGACGGCCAAGGUUCUCAAGACAACUCAGCAUGUCUGGCUGGACGUUCGAGAUCUGUCCAUCCGUUCGGUGACUGUCUGCGGAAAAAAUGCCGACUUCCGCAUCGCCCCCAACGUCUACACCUUCUUCGGCUCACGUAUGAAGAUCUACCUCCCGGUCGACUGCCAGCGCGAGGGCCAGGAAUUGGAAAUCGUUAUCGACUAUUCUACAUCCCCCGAUGCUUCUGCCCUGCAAUGGAUGAAGAAAGAGCAGACACAGGACAAGAAAGCUCCCUACCUCUUCUCGCAAUGCCAGGCCAUCCACGCGCGCUCGAUUAUGCCCUGCAUGGACACUCCCUCCAUCAAGUCCACUUACGACGCCCAAGUUACCGUGCCAGCCGGCUCGACCUGCUUGAUGUCGGCGAUCAACGAGGGAUCGAAGGGAACCGACGAGGAGACGACCUUCUUCUUCAAGCAACCCGUCGCCAUCCCGUCCUACCUUCUAGCUAUUGUUGUUGGAGUGCUGGCCAAGCGCGAUAUCUCCGACCGCUGCGCCGUCUGGGCCGAGCCGUCGAUGGUCGAGAAGGCCCACUGGGAGUUCAACGAGACCGAGGACAUUCUGGCCACCGCCGAAAAAAUUGCCGGAAAAUACAUCUGGGGCCGCUACGAUAUGGUCUGCCUGCCGCCCACUUUCCCGUUCGGUGGCAUGGAGAACCCGUGCUUGACCUUCUUGACGCCGACGCUGAUUUCUGGAGAUCGUUCGCUCGUCUCCGUGAUCGCACACGAAAUCGCCCACUCCUGGAGCGGCAACUUGGUGACGAACAAGAGCUGGGAACACUUUUGGCUGAACGAGGGCUUCACCAUGUUCAUUGAGCGCAAGAUUUGCGGUCGGCUGGUCAACGAGAAGUACAGGCAAUUCAUGUCGUUCAACGGAUGGACGAACAACUUGAUCCCGGCGGUCUACGAGCAGUUCAACCCGACGCACCAGUUCACGCGGCUUAUCCAAGACCACGAGAAUGUCGAUCCGGACGUCGCCUUUUCGUGUGUGCCGUAUGAGAAGGGAUCAGCGUUGCUCUUCUAUCUUGAACAGAAAUUGGGUGGACCUGACGUCUUCGAGCCGUACCUUCGCGACUACCUCUCAACGUUCGCCCACAAAGCCAUCGACUCAUUCCAGUGGAAGGACCACCUCUACAAGUAUUUCCAUGACAAGAAAGAUAUCCUCGACACGGUCAACUUUGACCAGUGCAGUGGAUUGAGGCCGAUGAGGCUGCCGUUAAGACUAUCACCGCUGAGCGCUACCAAAAAGAUGCAGCCCCUUCAACAAAUCGAAUUCCUCAGCCAGCUGUGGCAGCAUGACCCGCCAUUGGAGCACUACAAGCUUGAAGCACUCGACGCCCUCUACAAGCUCAACGACAGCCAGAAUUGCGAGAUCGUCUUGAACUGGAUUCGCGUGUGCAUCAAGGCCAAAUGGGAGAAGAUCAUUGACAAGGCCAUCUGGUUCGUCGAGUCGCAGGGCCGUCUGAAGUACUGCCGCCCCGUCUACAGGGCCCUCUACGCGUGGCCGGUCGCCCAAAAGCGCGCCAAGGAGACGUACCUGCGCACGCGCAGCGAGAUGCACCCCAUUACCGCCGAGAUGAUAGCCAAGGAGCUGCACGUUCGCCAUUCCACACACACCGUUUGCUUC